CUGCUUUUUCUCAUUCCUGCCCCCUACCCUCAGUCCCGCUCACCAUUGUCUGCUUGGCUCACCUUACUCAUCUACUACCUCCUUGCCAUUAAUGCUCGACGACCUCCUCGCCCUCACCACGACCCUCGUCCAUUCGGAUCACGAGCACGAGCUCAGCGCAGCUUCGGGAUCAGAGACCGACAUAAUGGCUCCACGAAGCCGACACACAAAAUCUGCGAGCGUCGCGUCUAGCACUGAUGCCGAUACCACCGUCAAAGGCACCGACUUGAUCAAUGGCGGCAUGCUCCCGCCCGCCACGACACCGGAUCACACUACAACGCGCACCAGUAAACGGCGUCCAUCGAGAUCGACCACUUCACCUCCAUCGUCUCCUGUCGUUGUGAUCCCGGCUACAAGGAAAGUCGUAAUACAACCAGAGGUGCACAAAGACUUUGAGGUAGUCAAGUUCGUAGGCACUGUCAUACUCAGUACUUUGCUCGAAGCAGGCCUGCAAACAGCAGCAUCGAUGGUGGGCACAGGCGAUUACGCGGCAAUCUCCAAACGAGCAGAUACAUGGCCUGAAAUCCUGGGACUUCUGGCCUGGAAGAUCGCCAAAUUGGGCAUAUACUGGGCCGCUGAUUUUGACGCAUACGACGUGGCAUCCAUGACCCUGCUCCUCUCCACGCCUCAAUCUAUUCUUCUCGGUCUGUUCUACGACAUCCACCCGACAACACUCGCAUCAACGACGCUAUCCUCCAUCCUGGCAAACUCUCUUCCCUAUCUGCUCCUUCGCCCUCUCUCUCCGUCUCACAACCCGAACGCAGCGCCAAAGGCUAUUCUACGCAAUCGUCCCAUCCUUACUGACCCAUACACCACUGUCGCGACAUCUCUCUUGGCAACAGCGAUCUUCGCCGUCCUCCUUGAAGCAAGUUUUGCGACAUUUCUGCCUAGCUGGCUGAUCACACACUUCACUGGGCUGCGCACCCUUGAGAAGGCUCAUCUCGGUGCAGGGGGCCUGCCAAUUCUGCUCCUAGCAUUGAUACCUGCCGGCGUUGCGGCUAUGGAAUAUCUAUUCGCCCCGUCCACUGCUGUAGCGAGUACUGCACCAUCAGCCCCAACCUUCGACCCCUCAACCGCUAGUUUCGCAGAGCAUGUCUAUCACAAUGGUUGGGGCUGGUAUUCGCCACGGCAGAAGGCUUUGAUCAGUCGAGCUGGGCUGUUGGCGUAUUUGAUUGUGGUGGAGACGGUCGUCUUGCUUUGGGGAACGCUCGAGGGCGUUGAGUUUACGGGCGCGAUCGGAUAUGCAGGAAUUUGGGGCGCUGGUGUUGUACUUGUUGCUGCGGCCUUGGAUUGGGUCGGUGGUCCGAGUGAUUGAGUCGCAAGAUGGGACUGGGCUUGGUGGCAAUUUUACUGUACAUGUGAGUUCAGCAUUCGACGCUAUGGAAAGGGGUCGAAGGAUGCUACAAACGAACUUGUUGGCAAGGAAGGGAAAACCAAUGAUUUUUGCAGAGUUUGCUUUUAUCCCAUGUAGGGGUGAGCCAGGAUUUGAGGCCCUGAUGAGUUGAAAGGAGUGACAAAGAAUGGUAAAUUCGUUACAUGCAUGCCGCCAUGAAGGUUCAGGCGGACUGGGUUGGAGAGCGUCCAGAUCACCUUUCUUAAUCGCGCGGAUGAUGUAGCAAGCGAAGACGCUCUGUUACAGGAGACGUCGAAGGAGAGCCAUCGACUCUAAUGUCAUCCGCAAGGCUAUUAGAUUCACAGACUGGAUUGGAUUAGAGACCGAAGCCUGCCACAGAGUUGGCGUAUGCCGUUGUCACGUUUGGAUUUCGAUGGCUCUUUUAUACGUACCUGUUGGCAAAC